ACCCCUCUUACCUUUAAAUUUAAUUAAAUCCAUCACAGUUGGCAUUCAAUCUAUGCCAUUUGUUGCAGUUGGCGUGGGAGAUAGAUAAUGGGGAGCGAGUGCAAUCAAAGCAAGCCCCGUUUCGACAUUACAAUGUCCAAGAGAACGAGGAAGACUAAUGCUAUUGCUAAUGAGGAUCUUAAUCAUUCAAAUUCAACAUUUGCUGGUUCCUCCAUCUCUGAGCCUAGGAAACGUGACGACGAACAAGAAGAUGAAAAAGAAUCAGAAAACGAGGAUCGUAAAAGCUUGAAGCAACUCAUCAAUGGCGAUGAAACGGCAAGUACUUCUUCUCUGGGUCGUCGUUUCUCGGAAGAAGAAGAGCAACGUUUGCAGUUGGUGAAGAAGCAGCAACACUACGGCAAUGGAGGAGUGAAAGGAAUGAUGAGUCGGUAUGCUAAAGUUUUGAGCCAUUUGGUCAAAGUGAAACGUGAGCCCAGUUUAGGGUCCAAGAAAAAACAGCUUCUCCGGCUAACCAAUGUAGGCUAAGCUAUUCAUAUUUGCCUGUCUUCACAUUAAUUCAUUUCUCGGAUCUCAUCAUCAUGUCUCAUAAGCAUCUCAUGCAUGCAUGCAUCGACCAUGCGCGUAUGUUUACAUAUAUGUUAUAUAUGUGUAUAUAUGUGUAUAUAUAUAUGGACAUAAUUAAGAUCUUGUGCUUA